AUGGCUUCUUUAAAUGAAUUAAAUAAAACUGAUGAUAUGAGUGAUGAUUUAAAUAAAACGGAAGAUUCACUAGAUGGAAAUCUUACUGAAGAUGAAGAUCCAGUAACGCAAUCUGAUGAAGGAGAGCUUAAUCGGACGGCAGAUUCAUUGGAUGCCAAUUUAACAGAGGAUGAUAUUCUUUUGCCGCCAACCUCUGAUGCUCCUGAUGUCUUGUUAAAGAAACGUAAUACUGAUUUAUCAAAAACUGUUAGUCUUGAAGAUUUGACUCAAGAUACAGUUUCAGUAGAUGAUUCACAAAAUUUUUUUAACUCUGGAACUAUGUCUGAAUCAAAACAAGAUAAUUUAAGUUCUAUUAAUAAAACAGUUUCUACAAUAAAUGAUGGUUCUGUAACAAUAACAAGGCCUAGGAAUAAAAGUAAAUUAGAUAGUGCCAUGCUUAUGAUGAGUAGUGCUACACAUUCAACUUUUGACAACUCAACUAAACUACUAGGAUUAACAAAAUCUACUCACAACGCUAUAGAUGACACAUCCAGUACUAAUGAGGAUGAUAAAAUUACUGGACAAUUAAUUGAUAAAUACUUACCUAGUAUUACUGAAGAAUUAGUGGCAAAAAUAAGUAAUAUUGUUAGUAAUGGUAAUAAUGAAGAUACAAUAAGAAAAUUAGUUGAAUUGACUAAAGAGAUAUCUCAAAAAAAUUAUGAGAGAAUUUCUUAUGGUGUAGAUAUUGAAUUUAAUAUAUUAGAAACUACUUUAGAAAAUUACUAUAAAGCGUUUCAACAAUUAAAAAAUACUUUUAUUCAAAAAAAAUCUACCAAUUCAUCUACUGAAAAUCAAAUUAAAGCUCAUUUUAAUGCAUUACUUGAAUCUGUCGAAUAUAUCAAAAGUCAACUUAAUUCAGGAAUUAUUUCUUAUAAUGAACAAGCAAGAAUAUUAGAAAAUUCUGCCGUCGUUACUAUUAACCAAAUUAAAGAUGUUUGGGAACAAUUUAAUGAAAUAAAAGAAAUAGAAGAUCAAUUUGUGAAGUAUUUAGAUGCUUAUAGAAAAUUAAGAACACAUUACAAAAGACUUAUCUUAUCAACAGAAAGUCAAAAAGAAAAAGCACGUGAAGAUCAAGAAAGAAAUUUAACAAUUUUAAAGCUUAAUAUAAGAAAAAUUCAAAAAGAUGUAGAGGAACACCAGAAUAUUCUUCAAAAUAAACAAGACCAUUUAAAAGAAUUAGAUAAUAUUUUGGAGUCAUAUAUGGAAAAGAUUGAUGGUGAUUCAUCUGUAUAA